AUGGACAACAUGCAGGAAAAGCAAAAAUUAAAGAAAGCUCCAUCUGAUGUUUGGAGCAUUCGUGAGCAGCUGUGCCUUGCUUCGAGUGUUCUAAAGUUUGAUGAUCCAAAUUGGAUGAGUAUUUCUCGCUUUUUGAGAUCAAUUGCUGACAGAGAUAAUUCACGACCAUCAGAUUGGUAUUCUCAAAAAUCUUGUGUUCAACAAUAUUGUUAUCUUGUGGAAAAUGCUGAUGUACCAAAAAAGAAAAAAAAAGAUGUUGGGGAAACAGUGAUUGAUUUUAUACUCAGACGUUUGACGCAAGAUAGGAUAACAGAACUAGCCAAAAUUCUUGCUGCUCAGAGGGAAGAAUAUUUCCAGCUUAGAAAUGAAGUAAAUUUAUUAAAAAAUGGAAUAGUUUCAGAUGUGAAACUACAAAAAAUGUGGCAUGCCAUUGAAGACGAGAAGGAAAAAAAACACAAGACACAAACAACUGGACUUAAUAAAAGGCAUUUUUGUCAUGAUGAGCAAUCUGUGUCUCUAUUGCAUGUUCCUAAUACUCCAAAAAAAAAUUCUGAGUUUUUAAUUACGAACGGAGUUAGCCAAGUUAUAAGUGAAGAUAAAGAAAUAAAAAUUGAUCAAAGUGUAAGGUUAUCUCCAUCAUCAAGUUUGCUGAAGUCAAAUUCUUCAACAAGAAUACAGACUUUCACAACAGAUUUACCUACAGUUUCAAAUGCAAUGAGUUCUAGUUCUGAGGUACUCAAUACAGCAGUCACACAAAAUUUUCCUAAAUUAAAUAAAGUCACUUUGUGUACAAUUACUCCAAACGUAGUUCAAGAAGAACCAUCAGCUAGUGCUUCCACUUUGUCAAUGUUACUAGAAGAGCCUUCUUUCGAGGCUAAAGAAAUCUUACAGCAGCAGUUUCAAAAUACAUCUACUUUGCUUAGCUUAAAAAAAAACCAAAAUUUAAAUAAAAAUGAAAACAGUGUGGAAAUGAAAUCAUGUGAAUGUGCUGACACUAGUGAUUACAAGACAAAAAAAAUAAAAACUCUUUCUGAUUCAAACUUGGCUAGUAAAGUUACACCUAAAAUUAUAACUAAUCACAUUGAUGACAUUAUGCCAAAAGCUGUACAAAUGAAUAAAGAUGAGAUUAAUGAAAUAAUUGGAGAUAUUGAAGAAUUAAUAGAAAAAGAAACAAAAGGUACCUCCGAACUUUCAGAACCAUCUUUGAGAACAGUUCAUUCUUGCAGUGAUUUAGAUAAACGACAAUCAAUUAUGGCAGUUGCAUCAGAAAAAAAAGAUCAGAAUUCCAAUAGAGAAAAACAACUCUUCCAUUAA